AUGCUCCUCAACUUUGGAGCACUACAGCAAGGCCGUGCCGUGCACGCCACCAUCGCCACUACUGCGGGUUACAUAACAUACGCCGCUACAAAACAUGUCACCGGGGCAACUAUUGCCAACACCAGCAUGUCCUAUAAAGCUGAGCUGGCGAAAAUCACUAGCAAGUUUACACCUGUUGCUAAUUUUAUACAUGAAAUGGACAAACCAGGCCGAGCUUGGGAGCUUGUUCCAAGGCAGCGUGUCUCCGGGAGGUCCUUCAAUGCAUCGACAGCCAGAAUGAGAAGUGCCCGGAUAGACCGACGAGUGUGGAUCAGAAUCGGAAAUGAAAUGUUCAUCCAGGGUCAGGCUACUCCAUCACCCGGCCCAUCCAAGGACAAAAGCUAUGACGAUCUUUGCAGAUUCUUCCUCAUCAAGCUGCCCCUUGUACUUGAUCCGGUCGUGAAGGCUGCAAUUGCACGGCUCAAGAACAAGGUGGUACACCUCCCCGUACUGAUUGGGCUCUUCUCGUACGAUCUGCUCAAAGUGGACUCAUCCAAACCCUUGAGUGACACCUCUAGCAUAGCCAUCACUCGAGCUUCAAACAGCCCAUCGGACCCAUGGACUAGCUCCGCGCGAUCAGAGUCCAUACACUCGCUGCUAGCGGCGCUCAAGGUAUGCGCUAGGACAAAGGAUCUUGCACGGGGCAGGGAGAUCCAUCAUGCGGCCUCCAAGAAGUUUGGAGAGGCCAACAUCUACAUCGCCAGCGCUCUCGUGGCCAUGUACGCCAAAUGUGGCUGCUUGGACGAAGCCGCGAGGAUUUUCCAGGGGGUGGAGCAGCGAGACGUGGUUUGCUGGACUGCGCUCAUCGUGGGCUACGUCCAGAAUGGAGCUCCGGAGAUAGCACUGGAUUUGUUCUCGCAGAUGGAAAGAAGUGGCUGCGAUCCAAGCGGCCCCACUCUCCUGGCCCUUCUCAAGGCUUGCGUGAUUCUGGACGAGAGAGAACGAGCAGGGAUCGAAAAUGGGAAGUUCUUCGCGGGGAGGAUGAAGCUGCUCGAGAGAACCAUGGCGAUCCACGCUCGAGCUGCCAAGAGUUCGGAUAGCAUGCUCUCGCGGUACGCUCGUUUGGCAACUUGUCUCGCGGAUACCUACGCCAAGUGUGGAAGCAUGAGAGACUCUUGGCGAGUUUUCGAUGGGAUUGAGAACCACGACGUUGUCUCCUGGACGGUAUUGGUUCUGGGAUACGCUCAAAACCGGCAGGAAGAUUUGGCUCUGGAGCUCUUCUCGCAGAUGGAAGCUGCUAUGAUCAAUCCAGAUUGCUCGAGUUUUCUCGCUGCUGUCAAAGCUUGCUCUAGUCUGGCAGCGCGAGAGGAGAUUGAUGCGUCGUUGGCUGUGAAGAUCAAGAGCUUGGAACGAGCCAUGGCGAUUCACUUUCACGCAUCAAACUCUCGCGGCUUCAAGUUGGAGGCGGGGAAACAUUUACACUUGGCGAACGCGAUGGUGGACUUGUAUGCCAAGUGUGAAAGUCUAGAGGAUGCUCGCAGGGUGUUUGAUUCGAUGGAGCAGCACGACAUCGUUUCCUGGACAUCGAUCAUCACAGGCUAUGCUCAGGAAAGCCAAGAUGGAGAAGAAGCUUUGCAUCUCUUCUCUUCCAUGCAAGAACAAGGAUUUAAACCCGAUCGUUUAGCUUGCCUCGCCGCUAUCAAGGCUUGUAGCGUAAUUGCCGAGAAGAAACAACGCAAGAGAUGGGAUUUAGACGUAGAAUCUCUCGAGAAAGCAAUGAAAAUCCACUCGUGGAUCUCGCAGCUUGGCCUGGAGAGAGAUCCAUCGCUUGCUAGCGGUCUGGUUGAUAUGUAUGCCAAGUGUGGAAGCUUGAUCGUGGACGCACGCCGGGUAUUUGAUAAGAUCUUAGAUCGCGACGUAGUCUCGUGGAACUCUUUCCUGUUUGGAUGUGUUUACAUUGGUGAGGACGAGCUUGCGUUGGAAUGCUAUGCGGCCAUGGAAGUUGCUCCCAACUCUCAAACCUUUCUUGCGUUGUUGCAAGCUUGCGGGAACCUGGGAGAUUUGAAGCUCGGUAAGCUCUUCCACGGACAGAUUCUCCGGCAGGGACUGGAAGGGAGUCCUGUGGCGAUUUCCCUGCUCGACUUCUACUGUAAAUGCGGGAGCGUCGAGGUCGCCGAGCUUGUGUUUGAGAGCUCCAUUGCGUCUCCCGACACUGUGGCAUGGAAUACUUUGAUUGCAGGACAUGGCGCUCGAGGAGACGCCAUCGCUGCGUUCCAAGCGUUUCGGAGCAUGCGAGUGCAAGGCGUGGAUCCGGACAGUGUCACCUUUGUAGAGAUUUUCGCGGCGUGCAGUCACGCUGGGAUUCUCGAUCGAGGACGGGAAUUCUUGGAUGGAAUGUGGUCCAAGUUUGGGGUGGCUGCUCACAUCGAGCACUUUCACUGCAUGAUCGACGUUCUUGGCCGUGCCAGUAACGUCGAGGAUGCCAUUGCUCUAGCGAGGAGAAUGCCAUUCCAGCCAAAUAGCGUGACAUGGACCACGAUUCUCGACGCAUGGAGGAAAAGAUACACUUGA